CAAGCUUCUUCCCUCCACCUCCACUCCAAAAAAGCUGAGAAUUUUUUAUUAAUUUUUUUUAUUCCCACUUCUGCUUCAAGCAGGCUCAGGUGGCAGGCAUGUUUGUUCCCCUCCCUCCCUUUUUCUCUGCUUUUCUUGCUAUCAGAGAACAUGAGCAUCUUCUUUUAUGUCAUCUGCUACAGACACCUCCAGAGUGCAAAAGGAAACCAGGCUGCUGCAUAUGCAUGCUUAAUUUUUUAUUUUUUUUAUCUCACUAGAAUGACUAGACCCAGGGGCCAGAGCAGGGGAGGGGAUAAAAGAGAGAACCCAUUCAUGGUUUUUAUCCACUCAGCCCCCUGAGACUAUCCCAACAUCUUUCUCAGAGCUUCUUCUGUUCCAUAAAAUGGACAUCUCUGGAGCAAGGAUAUGGAGAAAUGGGCUCUUCUUCACCUGGGUUGUGUUGUGCUCUUUGGUCUCUUCUUCAACUGGCCUCCUCACCACCAAAGGUGUCAACUAUGAAGUGCAAGCUUUGAUGGGUAUUAAGGCCUCUCUCAAGGAUCCUCAUGGUGCUAUGAAGAACUGGGAUCAGGACUCAGUUGAUCCAUGUAGCUGGACCAUGGUUACUUGCUCACCAGCAAACUUGGUUGUUUCUCUGGAAAUAGCAAAUGCAAAUUUAUCUGGCUCACUCUCUCCUAGCAUAGGGAAUUUGACCAAUCUUGAGACCCUUUUUCUGGAAAACAAUAACAUAUCUGGUCAAAUCCCACAAGAAAUUGGGAGGCUCAGAAAGCUUAAAACACUUGACCUCUCUAACAACCACCUUACUGGUGAAAUCCCCCUCUCUUUAGGCCAACUGGAAAGCCUUCAAUACCUGAGGCUAAAUAACAAUAGUCUUUCUGGGGCAUUCCCUUUCUCGUCGUCUAAUUUCCCGCAGCUUUUCUUUCUGGACUUGUCUUACAAUAAUUUGAGUGGCUCUAUUCCUGAAUCUUUGGCGAAGACAUUCAACUUUGUCGGAAAUCCUUUGAUCUGCGCCACUGCUUCAGAGCAGGAUUGUCACGGGACAGUAGUCGCAGUACCGAUGCCCAUGUCCUACAAUGUGAAUAUGUCUCAGAGUACUCCACUACCGAGGAAGCCCAGAAGCCGUAAAGUGGCUAUUGCAUUCGGUUCGAGUGUUGGUUGCAUCGCAUCACUUGCUCUUGCCGCUGGCCUAUUAAUCAGGUGGAGGCAGAGGCACAAUAGACAGAUCCUUUUCGAUGUCGACGACCAACAUAGCGAGGAAGUUAGCCUCGGAAAUGUGAAGAGGUUUCAGUUCAGGGAACUGCAGAUUGCGACAGAUAACUUCAGCAGCAAGAAUAUAUUAGGCAAAGGUGGAUUUGGAUAUGUUUAUAGAGGCCAACUUCAAGAUGGGACGCUUGUCGCCGUCAAAAGGCUCAAAGAUGGGAGUGCUUCAGGUGGGGAAAUCCAGUUCCAGACCGAAGUCGAAAUGAUAAGCUUAGCGGUGCACCGGAACCUUCUUAGGUUGUAUGGGUUUUGUAUGACUGCCACGGAGAGGCUUCUAGUUUAUCCGUAUAUGUCCAAUGGCAGUGUUGCUUCUCGACUAAAAGGGAAACCACCACUGGAUUGGACCACUAGAAAGAGAAUAGCUCUGGGAGCUGCGAGAGGCCUACUAUAUCUUCAUGAACAGUGUGAUCCAAAGAUUAUACACAGAGAUGUAAAGGCUGCUAAUAUAUUGCUGGAUGACUAUUGUGAAGCCAUAGUCGGCGAUUUCGGGCUCGCCAAGUUAUUGGAUCAUAGAGAGUCGCACGUAACUACUGCGGUUCGUGGCACAGUCGGACAUAUAGCCCCCGAAUACCUCUCUACGGGCCAAUCAUCUGAAAAAACUGAUGUUUUCGGGUUUGGAAUUCUGCUGCUUGAAUUAAUCACUGGUCAGACCGCAUUAGAAUUUGGGAAGGCGUCGAAUCAGAAAGGAGCCAUGCUCGACUGGGUGAAAAAGAUCCAUCAAGAACAGAAGCUUGAUGUGCUUGUUGACAAGGGCCUAAAGAACAAUUACGAUCGAAUCGAGCUUGAGGAGAUGGUUCGGAUAGCGCUAUUGUCCACCCAAUAUGCCCCUGGCCAUAGGCCUAAAAUGUCGGAGGUGGUUCGAAUGCUCGAAGGUGAUGGGCUUGCGGAGAGAUGGGAAGCCUCUCAGCGUCUCGAACCCUCAAAAUUUAAGAUGCCGGAGUUCUCUUCUUCAUACCGAUGUUAUUCUGACCUGACCGACGACUCGUCGUUGCUCGUCAAAGCAGUCGAGCUCUCUGGACCAAGGUAAUAGUUACCGUCAAAAAAAGAUCGUAGAGCAUGCCCGUUUUCUUGCAGGAUUUUGUACAGCAUUAAGCAACAAACUCGCUACAUUGGUAAGUAAUUUAUCCUGCAGGUUUUGGUGUAUUUUCUCAGUUAAGUGAAGAACCUGUGUAAUGAGUUGUCGGUUCUUCUUAAUCCCUUAGUUCUUGUUAAAAAAAAAAAAGACGGGAACAGUCUUGGUGCAACUAAAUUGUUCCUGGCUCCUGUUGGCAAUAAAAUGAUAGAGGUGUAAAAUACCAUAAGCUUUUGGAUUUGUUCUUGAUGAACUCUGCUUUUUGUUCAAGGUUAGUAGUCGUCGUUCGGAAAUUGCAGAGAGUUUUUGAGUGUUUGGAGAAGCAUUUAUUUGACUGAUAUGUCUUUUGAACUUGGAUAUGGAGAAAUUAUUUUUGAAUUAAAAAA